UUUGCAGGUCUGCAGAAGAGAGCGCUCUCUUUACCUGUAGCAGCAAGCGGGAGCGAGGAUUCCGAGCCCCUAAACUCGAAGUGUGGCUCACCAGACCUCCUAGUGAGUACGAAGACCCUUCGCAAGCAAUAAUUCUUCAGGACCACGAAAGCGGUAUGCAAUUUUUAACUGUCUCGGCUUUCGUCUGUUCUAUUAUGGUCAUCGUAGCUCCCACACCAAAAGGAAAAGACUGUGAAAUAGAAAACCUGGACAUGUAUUAUGCAAUCACAAACUUUCUAAAGGAGAUAUCAACGUACGAGCGCGGUGUUGAACGUAUCAGACUGUACGAAGGACUUUUGUUCAUCGAAUGUUGCAACGUAACAGGACUCGAGCAACUUCGCCAGUAUGGCCCAGUGCUGCCGCAUUGCAGCAGCUUCCAUCCCAUGUUUGAAGUGGACAUAGUAAGUGAUGGUCCCAUUGAAGUGGUAAUGAACUGGAUGACGUACGCUGGAAUGAAAGGAACUUUGACAGUCGGAGCUCAGUUAACGAGGUUCUCUCUGACACUCCAAACGCACUCUUGGUUAACUACAAGCCCCAUGAGGCUCGAGUUACUACAGGAUGCUCAUCCACUGGCAACGGAAAAUACCUACGUUGGUGUUACGGGUGUUAGUGACAUCGCCCGAGCUGCGACUACAUUUUUGAGCAGUGUACUGCCGUCUGUCACAGAACGCUUGUGGAAUCACUAUUUCUUUAUUUAUUUACACUCAAUCAUCGAUUCGAACCCCAUAAUAGGGUUUGUCUCAGCUGUAACUCAUUCUCCUGGUGUCGAGGAGUUUUGAUAGUUUGAUUUCCCAAAAUAAACAUACAUGGAACAUUUCAAAUAAAUAUUAUGACUGUUGGCAGAGAAUGUUUGGCUCAAUAAAAAUGUUUAGUGGGCCGUGAA